AUGAGGCUGUGUAACCGCGGGAUGAUGAUGCUCCUGACCACCGCCGGGGCUUUCUGCGCCUUCAGCCUCAUGACCAUCGCGGUGGGCACGGACUACUGGCUCUACUCCCGGGGCAUGUGUCGCUCCAAAAGCUCCAGCGACAACGAGACCUUGCGCAAAAACGAGGAGGUGCUGACCCACUCCGGCCUCUGGAGGACCUGCUGCACCGAGGGAACGUUCCGGGGCGUUUGCAAAGACAUCGACCACUUUCCUGAAGAUGCCGACUAUGACCAGGAUGCAGCGGAAUAUUUGUUACGGGCAGUGAGAGCCUCCAGCCUCUUCCCCAUCCUCAGUGUGGGGCUGCUGUUCCUUGGGGGAGUGUGCGUGGCUGCCAGUGAGUUCUACAAGUCCCGCUACAAUGUGAUCCUGUGUGCUGGCAUCCUCUUCGUCUCUGCGGGUCUGAGUAACAUCAUUGGUAUCAUCGUGUACAUAUCAGCCAACUCGGACGACCCCAGCCAGAGCGACAACAAGAAGAGCUACUCGUAUGGCUGGUCCUUCUACUUCGGCGCACUGUCCUUCGUGCUGGCUGAGAUGGUAGGCGUCCUGGCCGUGCACGUGUUUAUAGAGAAACACCGCCAGCUGCGCACCAAAGGCAGACCCUCCCUCAUGAAGCCCCCCAUCUCACGCAGCUCCUCCUACUACCGCAAUCGCUACAGCCAGAACCGCUCGCGCCGCCUGAGCUCCCGGAGCACCUACAGCGGGGGGGACUCUUUCAGGGCAGCGCUUGUGAGGGACCGGGAGCCCUCCAUCACAGCAGAGACAAAGAUGAACACACAAGGAGGAUUGCCCACGCCCAUAACGCUUUGCCCGGACUUCAUGUUGUACACUAUGGCAACGCCGGCCUCUGAUGCCAAGAUGGAGGACGGACACGGAUUAGGAGGGCACAAUGAGGAGGAGCUGGUGUCUGGGAAUUGCUCAGGCAACAGAAGGACGACACCUGUGUGA